GGGGCGGGGCCGCCGGGCGCGGGGCACGCUGGGGGCCAGCGCGAGGGACGCCGGGAACGGGGGCGGAGCGCGGCCGCGCCGGCGCGUCGAGUGGGAGAGGCAGCUGCUACGAUGGACGUGUUCCUUAUGAUCCGGCGCCACAAGACCACCAUCUUCACGGACGCCAAGGAGUCGAGCACCGUGUUCGAGCUGAAACGCAUCGUUGAGGGCAUUCUCAAGAGGCCGCCCGACGAGCAGCGGCUGUACAAGGAUGACCAGCUUCUGGAUGACAGCAAGACCCUGGGCGAGUGUGGCUUCACCAGUCAAACAGCGAGGCCCCAGGCCCCAGCCACUGUGGGGCUGGCCUUCCGGGCAGAUGAUGCAUUUGAAGCUCUGCGCAUUGAGCCCUUCUCCAGCCCUCCAGAGCUGCCUGACGUGAUGAAGCCACAGGACUCAGGAAGCAGUGCCAAUGAACAAGCUGUGCAGUGAUUGGGCCUGGGGCCUGCUCCUCCCCAGUGCCCCAUCCCCGCAAUAAAAGAGAUUUGGGUGUCUG